AUGGAAUCGCAGCCGAUCAAGGUUGUGGUGCGGAUCCGUCCGUUUUCACGAAAGGAGGCUGCAGGCGGGGCACGUGAUGUGCUGCGGGUGGAGGACGGGAACGUGGUUGCCGUCCCGCGUGUGUCAGGCGGGAGCGCGACAGGCGCGGCCGGCAAAGGGCCGGCCACGACCGGCAGCAGCGGGCCGGCUGGCGGCAGCAGGGCCUUUGGCUAUGCCACGGUGGGCAGUCGGCCGCGUAGCGGGUCGGCGGUGGGCGACGGAAGGGGCGUGGCGUCGUUUGAGAACUGGGCGGCCGGGUCGGUCGGCUCGGGCGGGCGCGGCGGGCGCGGAAGCGGGCGAAGUGCCAAAUUUUCAAAUGGCGAGUUCGGAGGCGGGCGGAGCCCGCUGUCGCCGGUCGACACCAACAGCGGCGGGAGCGGAGGAGCGGCAGGCGGGCGGAGCGGGAGCAAGGCACGGACGCUGAGCUUUGCCUUUGAUGCUGUUCACGACUGUCGGGCGACGGACAGCUCGGGUGAGGGUCCGGCAUCAGAGGCGCAGCUCGCGGCCGACCAGCAGGCGCUGUUCGACGAGCUCGGCGGUGAGCUGCUCGACGCGGUGUGGAACGGGUACAACUGCUCGGUCUUCUCGUAUGGACAGACCGGCGCUGGCAAGACGUACACGAUGGUCGGCGAUCGGGUCGGCUCGGGGCGCGAGGGCUUUGUCCCGCGGUUCUGCACCGCGCUGCUGAACCGGAUCAAGGCUGCGCGCGGCGAGGCCGGGCGGCGGUUCUCGGUCUCGGUCUCGCUCCUCGAGAUCUACAACGAGCAGCUGGCAGACCUGCUGGCGUCGCGGCCGAGCCGGCCGGGCGCAACAGCAGCCAAGCUCAAGAUCCGCGAGGACCCGCAGUUUGGCCCGUACUGCCCGGGCCUCACGCGGGUGGAGGUGAAGUCUGCCCAGCAAGCUGUCGACCUCAUUCAACUCGGGUUUGCGUCACGGACGACGUCAUCGACCUCGCACAACACGGUCUCAUCGCGCUCACACGCCGUCUUUACACUCACGUUUACUUCCGAGUGGACUGACGAGGCGACCGGGCUCACCGAGGCGCAGGUCUCGCGAAUCAACCUUGUAGACCUCGCCGGCUCGGAGCGGCUCGGCUCGAUGGAGAAGCGCAACGGAGUGCUGCUCAAGGAGACUGGCGAGAUCAACAAGUCGCUCCUUUGUCUCUCGCGGGUCAUCACCCAGCUCGCCGGGAGCCAAGGCGGGGCCGGGAGCGACGAGCCGGAGCACGUCUCGUACCGCGACUCGCUCCUCACCUGGCUCCUCCGCGACUCGCUCGGCGGCAACUCGAAAACGGUCAUGGUGGCGUCAGUCUCGCCAGCGGCGUCGGCGCUCGAGGAGACGCGAAACACGCUACGGUACGCGGCGCGCGCGUCGCGGAUCGUCAACACCGCCCGGGUCAACAUCGAUCCACGGGCCAAAGUCAUUGCCGACCUGCGGGCGCAGGUCAAGGCACUGCAGGCACUGGCGACGCCGAUGCCCAAGCCCUCGCCGGUGUCACGCAUCUCUGAGCUUGCUGUCGGCUCGCUCAACGACUCUUCGACAAUUGAGGAUGACGACGAGGACGCCGGCGGGAGCGACAACGACACGUUGCGCGGGUGGCGGCUAAUGCCGGCCGAGAUGGCGAGCGCCGCCGUGCAGACCUCGCCACUCAAGGCGGUGCUGCCGGGAACGCGGCUCGAGAACGGGACGUCCACGGCGUACCUCGUGUGCCUCUCGCCGGACGCAACCGAAGGCGAGGAUCUUGUGGUGGGCGUCUCGUCGGGCGCUCCGCGAGUCAUUGGCUCUGCGCCCCACCUUGUGGAACUAGCAUGGGACGCGGCCGAAGGCGUGGCUGAGCUCAGCCUCUCGUCGCGGUACGCGCACUGUGUGAUCCAUGACGACAACGAGGCUCGCGAGCCGCUUGCACGUGGCAGCUCAACACGGCUAGCACCGGGCACCACGUUCACGCUCGGCACAAAUCGGCUGUGGUGGUUCCGCGGCCCACCGGCUGAACCUGUCCACGCCACCAACCUCCUUUGCUCCCCGAGCCGAACUUCGGCUAACCGGUCAGCUGGGUUUGAGGCACUGCUGCGAGCCUGGCCUCAGGCUCCUAUUUCGCCACCGGAGUUGGGAGCAGCACAAGCGGCGCUCCUGACCUCGCCGUCGGCUCCGCCUGCCUCGCAAGUACCGGAUGAGUCGGUCGAGGUCUCGCGUUUGGAGAGUGAGCUCGCUGGCGCACAGCUGCGGGCCAAGCAGGCCGAGCGGGCUCGUGCGGCGGCGGUGGCACGGACCGACGAGCUUGAGCUCGAGCUGGAGGAGAUGCGGGCUACGGUGCAGCGAGCACAUGCCGAAGCGGCAGAAGCAGCCGAACGAGCGGCGGCCGCGGCUACCGAGGCGGCGACGGCCAAGGCCGGAGCGUCAGGAGCAGAGAUGAUGGCGAGCGGCAAGGUCGAGGCGCUGAAGGAAGAUCUGGCGUCGUACCGGAGCGAGAAUGCACAGCUGAGCCAGGAGCUGGCAUCGGCGACGGCGGCAGCGAAGCGUGCUCGCGAGAGCCUCCGGGCAAUGGAGGAGCGGGCAGAGCGGGCAGAGGCACAGCUGGCGGCAGCCGAGGCCGAGGCGUUGUCGGUGACUGAGGAGGCAGCUGAGCAGGCAAAGCAGAUGGACGAAGUCAUUUCAUCGCAGGGCAUGCAGCUGGAGGAGCUCUCUGACUCGAUUGCAUUCCUCACGGCACAGCUGGAGAAGCGGAACAACCCGACCGGAUGCGCCACACCAACCAAGUCGCUACAGCUUGUGGUGGCCCGGCUGAAGGACGAGCUGCGGCGGCGUGAUGAGAUCGAGGCUGAUCUGCGGGCGCAGCUCGGCAAGAGCCGCGAUGAGGUGGCGACGACCCAGGCGUCGGCGACGGCCCUGAAAGAGCAAGCAGCGGCGGCACGGGCCGAGAUGAGCGCAGUGAUGACAGAGCGCAAGGCAACCAUUGCCGCCGCUGCUGCCGAAAAGGCCAAGCUGGGCAAGCUCAACGUCGAGCUCGAGCGUGGGCACGACGCGCUGACGGCCAAGGUUGGUGCGCUGACGCGCGAGCUGAGCGAGGCCAAGGCUGCAGCUGCGGCGUCGGCGGCGAGCGUCAAGUCGAUGCAGAUCGAGCUACUUGCGCUGCAGAUCGAGCUGACCAAGCCGGCGGUCCCGGUGUACUUUGGCUCGGGCCCGGCCAAGGCGCUGCACGUCGGGCACGACCCUGUGGCUGCACUGGGGACAGCGCUGGCGCGCGCAGCGGGAUCAAACGGCUCGUCGGCGCAGCGGUACCUGUUUGUGGCACUCAACAACGGCGACGAGCGCUCGGAGCGGCUGCUUCGCGAUGAAGAGGUUCCGCUGGACCUGGUGACGGCGUGGGACCUUGCCGGGGUGGCGCAUCUGCGCUCAUUCCACUAUCGGGCCAAGGGCCGGAUCCGCGUGUACGUGGAUGGCGAGACGUACAAGACACUCAUCAUUGCACCGGACACUAGCACGGACGAGGUUAUCGAGCUCGUGGUGGCACGGUGCCGGGAUGGCGGCCUCGACAUCGGCCCCGCAGCGAACACCAAGCUCCAGCUCGACGACCGCCUCGCCGGCGUGGUGUCUGACGUGGAGCCGGGAGCGCAUCCGUUGAGGAUGCUCUCAUGCUACCCGAUCCACGAGCACGCAAAUGUCCGGUUCGUGCUUGUGUCGACAGCGUGAAUGUAAACGGAAAUGUAGCCUGAG